UAACAAUUGCAUUUAUAUUACUAUUAUUAUAUUAAAAAAUUAUAACUAUUAUUAAUAUCUUUUUUUAUCAUAUUAUUAUUAAUAUUAUUAAUAAUAAUUAUAUAAUAAUAAUCAUUAUAGUAAUAACAAUAAUAAUAAUAAUAAUAAUAAUUAAUAUUUAAUAUAAUAUUAAAAGUGAAAAAUCAUGUUUGAACUUUUCUGAUCUGAUCUGAUCUGAUCUGAUCUGAAUGUUUCUGAUCUGAUCUGAAUGCUUCUGAUCUGGUCUGAUCUGAUCUGAAUCUUUCUGAUCUGAUCUGAAUCUUUCUGAUCUGAUCUGAUCUGAUCUGAAUCUUUCUGAUCUGAUCUGAUCUGAUCUGAAUUUUUCUGAUCUGAUCUGAUCUGAUCUGAAUAAAAUAAGAAUAAGCAAUAAGUAAUAAGAAUAAGACGAACAGAACAGCACCUAACUCGAUGUGGAACAUUUUAUCCCGGCGGUCAAUCUCUCAUUCGGACCAAAGAAAUCCCCGAAGACUAACCAUUUCAACAACCAAACACGUUUCUCUUAAAUCUUAAUGACAUGUAAAUCAAAGAAAGGUGAAUCUGACUUUUGCAGUACAUAGUACUUACUCUGUUUGAUUGUGUAAUAGGAAGAAGACCUCUCAUUCUGACACCUCCUCUGUGUAUUUACACCCACACGGCGAAGGAGAGAUAUCAUCAUUCCGGAAAUAGUACUUUACACAUGAUGAUAAGGACAAUCUCAGCCAUUCAUCUACCACUAAUUGAAACGUUUUUUUUACCCAGAAACUACUCUCAAUGAAACAGGCAUAGCAAAAUACUGAAAAUAGCAAUUCAUUCUUCUUCAAUUAAUACCUGAAGCUCUAUGAAUUCGUAGAAUUUCCGAAACUGAAACAUAACGCUGGUGUUUCCGUGCUGCAUAGGUGAACUUAAAUGUGGCUUCAAAUUUCACCACAGCCUACGUUCAUCUACUCCAUUCCACAUAAUAAUUAAUUAAUUAAUUACACAUAUUUAUAUUAUAACAAGGCUAAUUAAGAGCGUACCACUGAAGAAGUUCCAGCGCCAUUCUGGCCUUGGUCUCCCAUCGUAAUUAUUUCUCCGAUCGAUCUAAUAAUUAACAACACAAUUACGAAACGACUAAUCAAGGCCAAUGGAAUGGAUAAUGGCCGAAUUGCGGAUUAUUCAGAGAUCCACCGGUGUGACUGUGAUCAACGGCGAUAGAGCUCUGCUCGCAGAAUCCACCGGACGGAGAGAAUUCAUCCGCGAAGGAAACUGGGAAAUCGGCGAUGGCGGCCUGAGGGAGGCAAUUGAAGAAGGAAGAAGAGGAGCAGCAAUUCGCGUCGGCGGCGGGGGGCUUGGAGGCGUAGGAGGCGAGGCGGGCCCGGGCGAGGAGGAGGUCGGACUGGAGCUGGGCCAUACGGCGCUGGAGGGAGGCGAUGGCGCCAAUGCAGCCGUAGACGGGGUCGGUGAGGCGGACCUCGGCCUCGUAGACGAGGGAAUUGACGGUGUCCUCGCGCUGCUCCUCCGGGACCUCGUUGAGAAUUUUGGCGACGUUGCUAGCGCCGAAGACCUUGUGGACCUUGGCGAAUUUCUUCGGGUCGUCGGAGCGGAAGUAGGGGGCGAACUGGCAGUUGGGGACGCACUUCCGCUUCAGCAACUUGCAGGCGGCGCAGGAAGAGCUUGAACGGCCGCCUCCCUGACCAUGAUGAUGGUGAUGAUGAUUGUUGUUAUUCUUCCUCAUGCCUCUAAAUAAUUAUAAUUAUAAAUUAUAAAUAUAAUUAAAGUAAUUAAUUUAGCAGCCUGAUUUGCUUUGCUUUGCCUCACUGCUUGGACUACGUACCUAUAUGCUAUCUACUCACUCCCCUUUUCUUUUCAACAUCUCAAUUAUUAUAUAUACUUGUUAUUGCGAGUACAAUACAUGCCACGUUUGUCU